AUGGUGGGAGAUCAUAGCACAGAGUCAGGCGACACACCGGAACCCGUGGUAAAGAGCUUUGCUACGCUGAAUCAGUUGCAGAUCGGAGUCAAGGCUUUUGUCGAAAAGAACGGAGAACCUAGAAAGGCAGAGAUCUUGUCUAUCAAGCAGAGAAAUAAUGCUUUGACGUUCUACGUUCACUAUGUCGAAUUCAACAAGCGUCUCGACGAAUGGGUCUCGGCCGACCGAAUCGACCUUUCACAGGAAGUCGAAUGGCCGGCUCCGGAGAAGCCGGAGAAGAAAAAAACCACCGUCACCACCAAAGGACCCCCAUCCAAAGCCCCCGUCACCACGAAAGCCGGUCGACCCAGAGCAGACUCCCGGCCUGGCUCUGCAACACCUGAUCUCCUAGGCUCCAAAGCUGGCAAUGACCGCAAACGUCCUGUGCCCUCGAAAGCAGGCGGCAAAGAAAACCGCGACGAAGCACUCGCACCCGAUGGCGACCCUUCGCUCGUCACCACCCAAGCAGGCACCCCUCUCCCCAGUCUCAGCAAUGAAGAUAGCAACGGGCUGACUAGCGAGAGUAUCGAUGUCGACAUGCCGGACGUGACCAAGAUGGAAGAGAAAGUCGCGCCCAUCAUGGAACCGGAGGAAGAAAUCGAAAAGCUACGCACAGGCGGUUCCAUGGUGCAGAACCACGCUCAACUUCAUCUCGUGCGCAACCUCAACAAGAUCCAAAUGGGCAAAUAUACCAUCGAACCCUGGUACUUCUCGCCAUACCCGCAGGAAUUCUCCGACGCGGACCUCGUGUAUAUCGAUGAAUUCUGCCUCUCGUACUUCUCGUCCAAGAAGGCCUUCGAGCGGCACCGGUCGAAAUGCGAGCUCCGCCACCCGCCUGGGAACGAGAUCUACCGCGACGACUUUGUCAGUUUCUUCGAGGUCGACGGGCGGCGGCAGCGCACUUGGUGUCGGAACUUGUGUCUCCUCUCCAAAUUGUUCCUCGACCAUAAGACGCUCUACUACGAUGUCGACCCGUUCUUGUUCUACUGCAUGGUCACGCGUGACGAACACGGGUGUCAUCUCGUCGGGUAUUUCAGCAAAGAGAAAGAAUCUGCAGAAGGGUACAACGUCGCCUGUAUUCUGACGCUGCCACAGUACCAGCGCCAGGGUUUAGGAAGACUGCUCAUUGCCUUCUCAUACGAGCUGAGCAAACGCGAGGGCAAGCUCGGGUCGCCUGAGAAGCCGCUUUCAGAUCUCGGCCUGCUCGGCUACAGACAGUAUUGGAAAGAGGUGUUGAUUGAGCUUCUCUCGGAUCCGGCGCGUUUGCCUCCUCCCGGGUCGGCCACACAUACGCCUACGUCCGACCAUCUGCAUCCUCAUUCAUCUCUAGGAUUCGCGGCUCCUUCGUCACAAUAUUCGACCAGUAUCUCCGAAAUUGCCAGUCUGACGGCCAUGACGGAGAAGGAUGUCCAUGAACAACUCGAAGUGUUGAAGCUGCUGCGCUACCACAAGGGCGCGUGGAUCAUCGUCGUCAGAGACGAGUUGCUCGAGUGGCAGGAGAAACGGCUGGCCAAGGAGAAAGCCAAGGGAGCUCGAAGGAUCGAUCCAAGUAGGUUAAACUGGAAACCUCCUGUUUUCACAGCUAGCAGUCGGACGUGGAAUUGGUAG